ACGUGGAAUGAAACAAGCUGUGCUCAUGUAAAGAAGAUGCAGGGAACCUCACCUGAGGCUGGAAAGUUCCACUGAUGAUGUCGGGUUGUCUGAGCACCUAAAGCUCAGAAAGUAAGGAUGUUCGAGCCCUGUGGAAGGACGUCCUGGUGCCACAUUGCAUUUAUCACUCAGAAUUACUGCCUUACAGACUGCAAUGAUUUAAUUGAGGUGCUGCUUUGAAUAAGAGGCAGCACCUGUUCUAGACAGCUCCAUGUUUGCACUCGGGAUCUGCUGGACUCACCUUGCCCAUUGCUUAUACUGAAAGCUGGCUCAAUAGUCACUCCUCAAUAGAUGCUUUAUUAACUGUGUUGGCUCAUAAAAUUACAGCCCUGGAAGUGGUUCAGGCCUUUGUUGACCAUCUGUUUUGUCACACUUCCUCUUGGGUCCAGACAGCAGAUGUUCCAUCUGCGGUGCCUUGAGGCUUCUCGAUCCUGCCCUACCUACCCUUGUGCACAUCAGGAACCUGUCCACUUGUUCCAUCCCUCUGCCUCCUUUGUGAGAACAAGAUUGUGGAGGUGAUGGAGGGUCUGGAGGUGGAGGACAUUAGCCCCGCCCUCGAGGCCACUGAGGACUACCUGCACUGCCUUGAUGACAACUAUGGAGAUGGCCAGGUAUGCCCACUGAUGCUUAAAGAGGCAUCCACCAUGGAUAAGCUGAACUCCAGUGGGGUUUGGGGGCUACUAACAGGAAAGCAAUCUGAGAUAUCACCUGGCAAUAUGGCCUGGGCAGAGCAGACAUCUUUUAGUGUACUGGGUCUUAGACAUGGAAAAAGGAACCGGGCGCAAUCCACCAACGAUUUGGCAGCUCAUGCCAAAGAGACAAACUCCACCAUUACCACAUCUAGCAGCGGCUUCAAACGUGGCCACAAUCGCUCGCGUUCAGACGUCAACAACCGCAGUUACACAGAUAAUGGGAUACCAUCCAUUGACAAGAACACACUAAAGAACGUGUCACUAAACGAACAAAGGGAUGUUCAUAAGGAGAGCAGCUCUAGUCUGGUGAAGCAGGGAAUGUUGGAUCAGAGAGAGGGUCCAUGGGGACGCUGGAGCACCUGCCAUGUUGAGCUUACACCCUGUGAGCUACGUCUCUACAGCCUGGACAGCAGCGGCAACCAGCAGCUAUGUGCUGCCCUCUCACUGUCUCACUGCCAAGGGGUGAGCGCGCCCCAGCCACAGGAUGGACGCGUGCUGCAGGCAGUUUUCUUUAACAGCACCCGUGUGCAGUUACGUGCAUCAUGCCAGUGGGAGGCACUGGAGUGGCGGAGACUCCUCUGGGAACGUGUCUUGGCUGCCCGUCCAGCCCAUCAUGAACGGGAGCUGGCUCAUGCUACCUCCCCUAUCUCCGCCGAGCCCGAUACAGAUGCAGCCUCUGUGCCAACCCCUCGACCGCUUGUACGUCCCACAGCCCUACCACUGUUCACCCAGCACUGUGCCAGUGUGCUAAAGGCUGGCCUUCUGCACCAACUUACUGACCUCAACAACUGGAGAGCCUUUACGUUUGUGCUGAGCCGCACCGAGCUGCAGGCCUUCCCAACAGAGGGAAGGGGCCCUGUGUGGGAGCCCGUGCUGCGGUACCGGCUGGCAUCCUGUCUAGCUGUGCAGCGGGAUGAGGAAGACAGAGGCUUAAACGCUCGCUUCCAAGCAGUCUUCCCUGAUGAUGUGCUGCGCUUGCGGGCAGAGAGUGAGCCCAAAGCCCAGGACUGGUUGGAGGCGCUGCGCACCGCUGUUACUGCUCAGAGGCCGCAGUUGGAGAAUUAUCAGUCAGGCCCCACUGGAGUGCUGAUGAGGAGUAAGCCAGCCAGGGAGCGACAACACAGGGAGGCCCAGAGAGCUAAGCGGCAGUCCGUCACCACUAGCUUUCUCAGCAUCCUUACCUGCCUGGCUGUAGAGAAGGGUCUCACUGCUCAGAGCUUUCGAUGUGCAGGGUGUCAGAGACCUGUGGGUCUGUCACGGGGCAAGGCCAAAGUUUGUUCUUACAGUGGCUGGUACUACUGCCCAAGCUGUCAUCAGGACAACCUCUUCCUCAUUCCUGCUCGUCUUCUGCAUAACUGGGACACUAACAAACACGAGGUGUCGAAACAAGCUAAGGAGUUUCUGGAGUUUGUUUUCGAGGAGCCCUUAUUAGACGUCCAGCAGUUGAACCAGUGUCUGUAUGAGCAUUGCGAGGCGCUGGCAGCCAUUCUCAAGCUGAGACAGCAGCUCCAGUCUCUCAGGGCCUACCUCUUCAGCUGCCGCGCCACAGUGGCAGAAGACCUCCGUCGCAGAAUCUUUCCGAGGGAAUACCUGUUACAGCAUGUACAUCUCUACUCACUGGCAGACCUGCAGCAGGUCAUAGAUGGAAAGCUUGCUCCCUUCCUCUCCAAGGUGAUCAAGUUUGCCAGCUCUCAUGUCUACAACUGCAGUCUGUGUCGAGAGAAGGGCUUCAUCUGUGAGCUGUGCCAUAAUGGCAAGGUUAUUUAUCCAUUCCAGGAGAAUGCCACCAGAAGGUGCGAGGGCUGCGGAGCUGUCUUCCACGCCGCGUGCCGGAUGCGAGCCCAGCCAUGCCCACGAUGUGUGCGCAGAGAACUGCAUAAGAAACCAGCGUCAUUCUGGAGGAGGCACUGCCCUCAUGACAGUCCUGAUGAUGAGGUGCUGGGCUGCUUUGAGCUGGACACCUGAGACUGUUUAUGAAGAGCAUUGCAGCUCUCCAAAGAGCCAAGCUGCAUGGGAGAGCCCACUACACUAAUAACAAGUGCUGCUGUAUUCAAGAUAGACAAGCUUCUGUGAUCCCUGGUGGGAGUGCUCUAUGUUUGUUGAAAACAGAAGCAGAGGAGUUUUUGUUUUUUACUUUCUCCCUUACCUGAGAGAGAUGGGCACCGAGACAAUAAUGCUCUCAAAGAGCUGAGGCUUCAUAAUGAUACCAAUUUACCCUUCCCUUUCAUCUACCAAAUGACAGCUAGGGCCAACCGACAAAUGCAGGCAAAGAACGGUCACACACUUGCACAUAAACACGCUUUCACUGACAGAUGUAAAAUAAUGCACACACUGGCAGACACAAUCCAAGAGCGAUGAUUCAAACCAAUUUCUGGACACAAAUAGAGCUACUAAUCCAUUAAUGGUUUUGCGAAAAUGGUGGUCUGGCUGCUACAUUUGGUUUCCCUCCAUGAUGUAGUUAACCUCUGAUGCCUUGGUGCAUAAAGAGUGAACAAAACAAACAUCCUUAAAAUUGAAAUAUCUUUUGCUUAACUACCUGGGUUUGGUACAUCUGCUUCCUUACAUAAACCACAAAUUCUCCUUUUAAAUUUAUGAAGGAAAGAGUAACCACUGAUGUGAAGGGGCAGCUGGUCAUGACUGUUUUUUUUUUUUUUCUUUUACUUAAUUUCAGUGUUGUUUUUUUGUUUUGUUUUUUCAGGUCACUUGCGCUUUUGGGUCAUCAUAUGUUGCCAUAUAUGUUUUUGACUGAUGUCUCCUGGACACUUUCACCUUUGCAGAUGGCGCUGACGGCUCAAAUGGGGGUGUAGUGUGAAGGAAGAUUGGCAUUUUUUUCCCCCUUCCAGCUGGAGUUGAAGAGUUGUGCGGGUGUUUAUCAACACUCAGUGGCACUGCCUUUAAGAAGCUGAACCACAGUGUUCAUGCUAACCGCUUGGGCUAUGAUUACAAAGUAUCCUCGGCCACCAAGCCCCAAAAUUACAGUCCUGAGUUCUCAGGCUUUGUUUAGCAUUGUAAGGUCUUUUUAACAAGGAAUGUAAAGAAAACCUGCUGUGGAUGAGCUCAUAAUUCAUGUUGUCUAACCGACCUCUGCUCUGGAUCAGCGCUGUCUCUCUGGGUUUGCGUUUAUACUAAGUUUCCUCGCUACUUGAACUUCGAAUUGGCAAUAAAAUCCCUUGUUUUGCUUUUAAUGCCUUAUUUGACUUCAUGUUCUUCGGACAAACCUGUAAUGCAAAAAAAAAGACUGACCACCAAACCCUUCACCCCCCAUUGUAAACCUACUUAGCUGAGUGAUGCUUCUAGUCUUGGUUUUCUCUGUUUCCUUUGUUCUUUCUUUUCUUUUUUGUCUGUUUAUGCAUACAGUAGGAGAUUAUGAAAAUUUGCAUCUUCCACUGGACACCUAACCAGCAAACAGAAGCUUCAGAUAUAAACAACCUUCAGCUUCAUUCUGUUUCUGUUGAUAUAAAGUGUAUUCAUUCAUCAAAAACAAGCUACAACUUGGUUUUUGACAAUAGUAGAAAUAAUUCGGUUUUCUACAGUAGAUUUUACCCCUUAUACUGGACUUGAACAAUAUGGUAAAGCAUUCUGACUGAAGCUGAUUGCUUGAUACUUGACACCAUGAGGAAACGUCUUCUGAGAACACUUUUUCAUUUAUCGAGCUCUUGGAAGUGGGAGUACGUCAGCUUCAAAAUAAAUAUGAUUUGCUACCAUGUUACAUAUGCUAUAGUAAGAAAACGUUAAUUUCAAAAGAGCUUAUGUUUUAUGUUUACAUUUGAACAAAGAAUACUUCGGUGUUUGUUUACACGUGGUUGUUGUUUGAUAGGAGGGUGUGAAUUAAUGGAUGGUUGUGUUCAGCUGCUUAACAUUUGAUCCUAUUUAUUGAAUCUGUAUCUCUCUGCCUGCCUUAAAUUAAAAGCCAAUGCUUUGGCCUGUUGAUGUUCACUUAUUAAUAAGCUAUAAUCAUUCAGUUUGUAGGAGAAAAAUGUUUCAGUAUUUAAUCUAAUCAGAAUAUCAGGCUAUAGAAUAUAUCAUAAUAUAAUUACUUAUUUGUUGGUUUGUUAUUUACCUUACUAAAAAAGAAUUGCCCCUGACUGUGGGUCCUGGAAUCUGGUGAUCUCUUGUUUUCCCAUAAGAGAUCUCACCAUUUCUCCAUUUAAGCUUGAAUUAAGCUAAAUACACCAUGAUUUACAGUUUCCUCAGAAAAACAGUGAUUCUAUAGAAAGCAGUGGUGUAUUUGGGAUCUAUUAGCUUUGAAAGUUAGAUGUAUUACAUUAAAUGGUUAAUAUGACUUGUGUUGUUCACACUGCUCUGAUGCCACUUUGAAAUCAGGGAUUCUGAACACACUGGAUAAUGAUCAUGGAGGAAAAACAAAAAGGGAUCUGAACUCAGUGGAUGUACUUGGUAUAUUUAUUUUAUUAAUUUUUUUCAGUCAAAACGGUCUUUUAUUUUUAUAUAUAUGUUGAAUGUGUAUGUUCCUUUUUCAGCCAUCAUGUUGAUCUCGCUAUAUUAACAUAUCAGUUUUCUGUUUCUGAAAUGUUUAUUGUAUUUAUAGUCUUUACCUCAAUUUAAGUGUUUCUAUUAUUUCCUGGAGUUGCCCUGUGCUUUUUUGUGUAUAUUGUAAACUCUCCAUUACAGACCACCUCUUAUGCAACAACAGACAUUUGUGCUUUAGUACUGGUGCGAGUUUCUUCCAAAUCUUCAUUUUUUUUUUUUUUUUUUUUUUUACAACUGAUGCCAAUAAAGUAAAUGACAACACAUUCUAA